CCUUUCGUCUCUGAAACUGACUAAUUCAACUCGGAUCAAUUAAAUUCGAUUAUACCCAUGCCCUACAGAAGAGCCACGGCUCUUUGCCGACGUAAGACGUAUAUAAUUGUAGUCAUUUUAGUUAUAAAACAUUGUAAUAUACUUUAUUGAUUUACGGUUUCCUUGUUCGUGCUGAUGGUGACCAUAAAUUUGUAGACCUUAAUCCUACACGAUUGGGGAAUUUUCUUUAAUGCCAUUUGUUAGACCAUCAAAUCAGUUUAACAGAUAUUAUUUCAUGUUACUUCGCAUAUUUUACGUAAUCAAAUACAAACUGAAGUAUAAUAAGGCUUUUUUGUAAUUAAUACUUCAAACUAUCUGAAUUAAUUAAUUCAUAUUUGAGAAAGUUCUGUUCAAGAACAGCGAAACUAUUAGGUGCAAAACAUUAUGUGCGCAUGCGCAAGUGUGAACCUAGCGAAGUUAUGGCGGCUCACCGUGCAGUGUUGUUACGCUUGUUGUUGUUGUUAGUAUAUAUUCAGGUGUUUAUUAAUGGUUAGAGCAGAAAACAAUAACUUUCCCUCUAACAAUAUGUUUUUAAUAAAUAAUCAUCGACAUCGCAUCUUUCUGGAUUAAUCAGCGGUCGCAAUAAGUUCCUGAUCAAUGUAAACAUGGUGUAUUAUUUACAUUAUGCCAUGUCGCGAUUUUCCUUAACGAUCCUAGUUCUGUCUGUUAUAUUCCAUUGUACUUUGAGUUUGAAAGUUGCCACUUAUAAUCUAUGGAACAUAAUGUUCAAUUGGGAAGUUAGAAAAAUGCGAGUGAUUGAAAUGAUAGAAACUAUUAAUCCUGAUGUGAUAGCAUUCCAGGAAGUUCGAAUGGAUUCUAGCAGUGUUAGAAGUCAGUUGUUAGAGCUGCAAGAGAAACUUAUAGACUUCAACUGGAUGGUUGUUCAACCUGCAAAUGAUGUACAGAAACCCAAGCACACCUAUUGGAAUGGAUGGGAACGAGAAGGCAUUGGUAUUCUUAGCAAGCUACCAAUACUUAAAUCAACAACAAUCAGUAUUCCCUAUAUGAGUGGCCCCGAUACAAAUCAAAGGAUUGCUCUUCAUGCUAUGAUAGGUUAUAGUGAAGACUCAGCUAUUCAUGUUCUGACUGUACAUUUUUCAUAUGACAGACAGCAACAGUGUAACAAUGCAGCCAGAAUAUUGCAUUACAUCUCAGAAAAAGAACUUGAAAAUGUAGUACUUCUUGGUGACUUUAACACCUAUCAAGACUUUGAAUGGCCAUUGGAAGUGUUCACAGAUACAGAAAUUCGGCCAGAAAAUUCCUGUUUUGAUAUGGUUAGAGCUGAUGCCAAAGGACCAAAUACUAUCCUUGCUGAUGUUUGGAGUGUUCAUGCAGCAGAUAAAUUGUCAGGAUUUACUUUUAGUAAUAUGCCAACUCCUGGUUAUGAAAGUCGUCCGGAUAGAAUACUUGUUUCAAAGAGCUUCAAGAUUUUAUCAUGUAAUCUUCAUGGCAAUGGUAAUUUUUAUAAAAAGAAAUACAAGACACUAAUAUUUUGGCAUCGAUUUCAGAGAGUAAUUAAAAGUGCAUAUGAAGCUUUUCAAGGUUUCUCUGGCUACAGUUGUACACAGGAUUGUGGCCCACAUGGUUCUUGUCGCUGUGGAGUAUGCGUUAACAUUGGCAAUCAGAAAGAUUGCCUCCUAAUAGACUGUUCAGAAUGCAAUUCCUUCAUGUUUUUACUUUUUAUUUUAUUGACUCUGUUUGCUUGUUUAUUAUCAUCAGUUACUGUGCUGGCCCUCAUAUUAUUUCUCUUUAGUCGAAUAUCAGUAAGAACAUUUCACUGUCUCUACAGUGUAAAAUUAUAUUUCAACACGAGAGCAUAUUCAAGGUUGCGGAUACUCUACAGGUUUUUUCCAUUUAUAAAAGCACCGUUGCCUUUUCUUUUAGUUUGCAUCGUUACAAAUCUUGUUUUUUACACAGUAAUUACCUUCAUUUUCUCAGGUACUUUGCAAACUAUUUUUCGUGUCAUGGCUGAAGAGUUUUAUCCUUCAGACCACCUAAUGAUAUCAUCCCAGUUAUGGAUACCAAACAAGGAGUCUUAGUUACUCCCAUGUGUGUGUUGCUUUCACAUUUUAUUUGAAAAGUAAUAAUAAAAAAUUCUCAUGGCUGUAAGGUUAAGUUCACUUUACAAACCACAGGAUUUCCUGUUUGACCUGAAUGUGUAACUUUCUUGGGCAAAUAACAUCUACCAUAAUUUCAGCUUGCCUAAUACCUUGCUCAUGGAAUUCACGGAAGCCUAUUGUGUAUGGAGAUAUAUACACACACACACACAGAUAGUGUAUAUGUAGUUAUCUACAUACACACACAGAUGAGUAGAAAUAAGGGUUUCACCCUCAAACCUCAUCACCACUACUUUUACUUCUUAGCUCCACCUUGAUCAUUCCCUUUCUCUUCUAAAAUGCAAAUAACCAUGUAGCUCCUCUACAGCAAGAAACCUGCUCUGCUCUUGCUCCUCAACUCCUAGCAUAAAGUGGCUGUUCAUAGGGUUCAUAAGUGUUGCAAGUUGCAUGGCAGCCUCUUUAGUGAUGAUGGCACAGAAAAAAAAAAAGAAAAAGCACCCAGUAUGUGCUAAUGUUAGGAAAGGCCUCCAGACUUAGAAAUCAUGCCAAAGCAGACACAAUGGAGCACAAUGCAGCCCUUAGGCCCAUCAAAUCCUGUAAAUUCAUUUAACCCAUGCCCGCAUGGAACAUGGAUGAUAACACAUAUACACACAAUCUAUUUGCUAAUGUAAAACUCUGGUGAGAAAAACAAACCAGUGCUGCUGAAUAUAGAUAUCUGGUGGUAUUUGCUCUAUACUGAGUUGCAGACAAUUCCUUGCUAUCAGAAACACAGCAACCUAAUGAUCUGACUGUUGGAAAACCAUAACCAACUAUGCUAGUGCAAUAUAAAAUACAAUUUGUGAAGAUUAAGUUACUUGCCUCCCUCUAUAUGUAUUACUUUCACAUGAAAUUGAAAAAUAACAAAAAUAUUCAUACAUGAAGUGUGGGGAUUUUAGUUAGCUCCAUGUUUAUGUGUGUAUAUAUUGAUUUUAUAUUUUAUUUGAAUUUU